CUUAUCGAGUUUGGUGGGACCGUCCGUGGCAGCGCGUCGCGCCGCUCCUCGUCCUAGACGGUGGUCAGGAGCGCGAGCUGACGGAGCCCCGCGACCACCCGCGACGAUCAUGGCGUCCCCGACGGCCAUCCUGGGCGCCGCCAUCAUCCUCUGCACGCUCACGGCGCGGGUGACUGCCGACACGGGCAAGUGCGUCUGGUAUGACGAGUGCAACGUGAACGAGAAGGGCUUCAAGCAGAACUGCGUGUACUCCGGCCCGCCAAAGAAAAUGACCAGCGCCGCCGGCAUAGAACGACUUCGAGCGGACUGUCCGAACUUGUUCGAUGAAAAUGGCGACGCCUACGUGUGCUGCAGCGAGGCGCAGGUCGAGACGAUGCACGCCAACCUCCUGAAGGCGGCGGGCAUCUACAGCCGCUGCCCGUCCUGCUUCCGAAACUUCUUCAACAUCUUCUGCGAGAUGACGUGCUCGCCGACCCAGUCGGAGUUCCUGGAGCCCGUGCAGACCAAAACAAACGCGGACGGGAACAAGUACGUCACUGAACUGAAUUUCUACACGACCCAGGACAGCAUGGACAACGUGUUCGACUCGUGCAAGGGCGUCAUCAUGCCCCAGAGCGGCAAGUACGCCACGGACAUCGCCUGCGGCGCGUACGACGCCUCGACCUGCACCACCGAGAGGUGGUUCAAAUACAUGGGCGAGGACAACCCGUUCUCCCCGUUCGUCAUCAAGUUCCUGACGACGCGCGGCACUUUCGACGACAUGUCCAACAGGGUCAUCCCCACGGUCCGCUGCAACGAGAGUGCUGAUGCGUCCUCCGAGCCCUGCUCCUGCGUGGACUGCCCCAUCAGCUGCCCCAGCGACGACGCCUCCGUGUUCAAGCCGCGCAAGUCCAUCUUCAUCGACGUCCUCGGCAUCGACAUCUUCGUCUUCAGCGCCGUGCUGGGCUACCUCGUGAUCCUGGUGGGGACUGCGGUGUUCGUGCGCUUGAAGAUCCUCCGCAGGCGGAAGCAGCAAUCGGAGGCCGCGGCGGACGCCUACUUCAUCCCCGACCCCCCGGUCCAGAACAUGAAGCCGAGCCGGCUGGAGCAGUGGGGCUACAAGUGGGAGGUCAUGGUGGAGAACGGAUUCAGAAGACUCGGAUUUGUGUGCGCCUCCUACCCGGUCGUCGUGUUCUUCGUGGCGUCCUGGCUGCUGGCCGUGCUCAUCUACCAGGCCGGCAACAUCGAGCUCGUGUCCAACCCGGUGCAGCUGUGGGCGUCGCCCACGUCGCAGAGCAGAAAGGAGAAGGACUACUUCGACGCACACUUCGGCCCGUUCUACCGGCCGGCGCAGAUCUUCAUCAAGGCGGUCAACCUCCCCGAGAUCACCCACGAGAUGCCCCAAGGGAAUGUCUCCUUCGGCCCGGUGUUCAGUAAGGACUUCCUUCUUCAAGUGCGGGAGCUGCAAAUGGCGAUCCAGGACCUCGGCAGGGAGGAGGGCCUGCCCUUGGAGCAGGUCUGCUUCGCGCCGCUGCAGAACGACUUCACGGGCCCCGUCACCGUGGACAAGUGCACCAUCCAGACGAUCUGGGGCUACUUCCAAAACUCGCUCGAGAAAUUCAACAAAGAGGGCGAGAAGAACGGGCUGAAAACCAACUACCUGAACGUGAUCUACGACUGCCUGCAGAACUCGUACGACCCGUCGUGCCUGGCGCCCUACGGCGGCCCCGCCGAGAACCUGCUCGUCGUCGGCGGCUUCCUGGACGACGCCAACAAGACCAUGGUGCAGUCCAACGCGCUCGUGAUGAACUUCAUCCUCAACAACCACGUCAAGGAGGAGGACAACAAGCCCGCCAUGGAGUGGGAGCAGAAGUUGAUCGACUUCCUCCAGGACUGGGAGAAGACGAAGAAGCCCGACUACAUGGACAUCGCCUUCAUGGUGGAGCGGUCCAUCCAGGACGAGAUACAGAGGGUGUCCGUGACCUCUACCGGCACCAUCCUCAUCUCCUACGGGUGCAUGUUCUUGUACGUGGCCCUCGCCUUGGGACGCAUCACCACCUGGAAAAGGCUCUUGGUGGACAGCAAGAUCAUCGUGGCGGUGUGUGGCGUCGCCUCCGUGGGGCUGUCGGUGCUGGCCGCCAUGGGCUGGUUCGCCUACCUCAAGUACCCCGCCAUCCUGCUCACCCUGGAGGCGGUGCCGUUCCUGGUGCUGGCCGUGGGCGUGGACAACCUGUUCAUCGUGGUGGGCUGGCACGAGCGGCUGCUGGACCUGGACAACAACCCCAAGGCCAAGCCCAGCGUGGCCAGGGUGGCCGCCACACUCGGCCACGCCGGGCCGUCCAUGCUGCUGUCCACGCUGGCCGAGGAGGGCUGCUUCCUGAUUGGCUCCCUGUCCGAUAUGCCGGCCGUCAAGUCGUUCGCGCUGCUGUCCGCCGUGGCGCUGCUCAUCAACUUCGUGCUGCAGGUCACGGUGCUGGUGGCCGUGCUGGCGCUGCACGAGCGACGCCUGCUGUCCGGCCGCCUGGACGUGCUGUGCUGCAUGACCGUCGAGGCCGCGCCGCCGGGCAAGAGCGGCCGCUUCGUGGAGCGCCUGUUCCAGUCCAAGCUGGCCCCCUUCCUGAUGCGGCGCUGGGUGCGCGUCGCCGUGCCACUAGUGUUCAUCGGGUUGGUGUUCGCCACCCUGCCCUGCUUGCCACGCGAGAACAUCGGCCUGGACCAGUCGCUCGCCAUGACCAAGGACUCGUACGUCUUCAAGUACUUCCAGUUCUUGAAGGAGGUGCUCUCGAUCGGGCCGCCCGUGUACUUCGUUGUGACGAAGGGCCUCAACUACACCAUUCCCGAGCACCAGAACCUCAUCUGCGGAGGCAUAGGUUGCCGCUCGGACUCCCUAGCCACGGCGAUCACCGCCGCGUCCAAGACCCCCGAGUGGUCGCACAUCGCCAGGCCGGCGUCAUCGUGGAUAGACGACCUCUUCGACUGGACGACGCUUGAAACUUGCUGCAAAGUGUUCGCCAACAAUGGCUCAUUCUGCCCGCAUGACCGCAAGAGCCCCGUGUGCAACAGCUGCCAGGUCGCCGUCGAUGGCGCCAACAAGAGGCCUUCCGCCGCCGCCAUCCGGAAGUUCCUGCCAGGCUUCCUCAUGGACAUCCCGGACACGGACUGCGCCAAGGGUGGCGUGGCGUCCUACGCCUCGGGCGUCAACUACGUCCUGGGCGACUCGGGGAUGUCGGAGGUCGGCGACUCGUACUUCAUGGGCUACCACACGCGCGUGCGCACCUCCCCGGACUACUAUGAAGGCAUCCGGGCGGCGCGCAAGAUCACGGACGCCAUGGAGAAGAAGAUCAACUCGGAGCUGCAGCUGGAGGAGCACGUCAGGGUGUUCCCGUACAGCGUGUUCUACGUGUACUACGAGCAGUACCUGGCCAUCGUGUGGACCAUGACGGGGUCGCUGAUCCAGUCCCUGUUGCUGCUCUUCUUCAUUAUGACCCUCCUGAACGGCUUCGACCUGGUGGCCUCCUCCAUCGUCGGCGGCAUCGUCGUCGCCAUCCUGCUGGAGAUGGUGGCCGUCAUGUACCUGUGGGACGUCGAGCUGAACGCCCUGUCCUCCGUCAACCUGGUCGUGGCCAUGGGCAUCGCCGUCGAGUUCAACUCGCACGUCAUGCACGCCUUCCAGAAGUCCACGGCGCCGACGCGCGUCGCCCGCGCCCAGGAGGCCCUCGUGGAAACGGGCAGCUCGAUCUUCUCCGGCAUUUUCCUCACCAAGUUCUCUGGGAUCCUGGUCCUCGCCUUCGCCCCGGUGCAGGUCAUGCAGGUCUACUACUUCAGGAUGUACCUCAUGAUGGUCAUCCUCGGUGCGCUGCACGGCCUCGUUCUCCUGCCAGUCGUUUUGAGCUUCAUCGGCCCCAGAGUGAACCGCGCCCGACUGCAAGACUUGGCCAACAGACAACAGCGAGACGCGCUUCUCGACGGCAGCGAGGGCCCGUCCACUUCCGAAAGUUCCCGCAGCCAGUAGUUUUGUCAUUUUCUCCUUAAAGAAAAUUGUGAUAGAUGUUCUGCCUACCCUAUUAAAAUGACAGUGUAGAUGCAGAAUGAGAAUGCUGUGAUAAUCCCGUAGGAUACAUGAGUAAAGAAAUAAAUAGUUUUGUAACAAAAAGGAAAA